CGAAUGGUGUGUGUUGAUGUCUUUGUGGUGGAUAGAAACGAUUUUUCACGGUGUAUUAUGUACUAGUACCUGCGCGGGACGAUGGACGUGUGUUGCUGGGAGCAAGUCGUCUAACGCAGUGUUACCUCUCCGGCAUUUCCGUCCUGAACAGCUCAGCAAACAACUGCUCACUUUACUUUGUGUGUUCAUUUUUUUCAGGAGUCAAAGGGACCUUUCAUAGAAGUUGGUCGUAAAUCUGUCAGACAAGAAGAACUAUUGAGGAAACGUCUUCAAGCGAUCGGUUAGAUUCUGCAGACGACAGAGGAUUAACGUUCAAAAUGGCGGCAACAGACGACACAAGGACGCAUCGUCCCAAAACGGGCGCGACUUUUACCGUUUUCAGAACAUUUUGUUUCCUGACAGCGAUGAUGUUCCUAAAUCCUGUAAAUUGCCAACUUUCCGCACAAACUUCCGUGGAGACACUGGAACAGAUGGCAUUGACACUGAACACGUCGUUUGUCACACCUUUGCUAAACACCUUGAAUGGACAGGUAGACUUGAUCUUCGUGUUGGACAGGUCGGCUAGUAUAGGAUGGUACAACGGAGCCUGGGAUUCCAUGCUGCAGUUUGUUGAAAACCUCCUGUACGAGUUCAGUGUUAACUCAGUACACACCAGGGUCUCCAUCAUCACUUACAGCACCACAGUAUCCGUGGAUGUGGACUACCUGAGCGAUGGAUCAGCCUCUAGCAGGUUAACAAAGUGCAAACUCAAUGAUGACAUUGAGAAAAGGCUCAGGAACAAAGCUCUACAUGGUUGGACAGCGACAACUACAGCUCUAGAGAGGGCGAAACAAGUUCUCUUAACAAGUCGACCAGCAGCGAAGAAAGCCAUCUUCCUUCUAACCGACGGUCGCUCAAAUAUUGGACAGCCACCUUCUAUUCCAGCGCGAGAGAUUGCGAAUCUCAGGUGGUCGGGAUGGAACAUGGAUGCACAAGGCCGACAGGUGGAAAUCUUUGCCUUGGGAAUUGAAGAUGCAGUGGAAGCUGAGUUGAGAUCCAUUGCUUAUCCAAGCCAACAGGAUCACUACUUCCUUCUGGACAACUUCCAAGACUUCAGUCUUCUGGCAAGGCUUCUGCAUGGAGACCAACAGGAGGAGUCCUGGUCUGUGACGGACAGGUCCUACUGUGACUUCAACUGUGGCUCUCACUCCACCUGCUCCUGCCCCUCCAAGUCUGGCUAUGCCACAUGUUCCUGUGAGGAGGGAUACGGGGGAGAUGGACACCUGUGCACAGCAUGCCCUGUGGGAACCUACAAAGACACCCUGAGCCCUACGGACUGUACCACCUGUCCAGAGGGGACGACCACCGUGGGUACAGGAGCCACCAGAAGGGACCAUUGUGUCUGUGGGGAUGGGAUGGAGGAAAGGAACGGGACAUGUGCUGCGAGGAGCUGUCCCAUGCUCCCAGCAGUCCAGCAUGCCUCGAUGGUUCAUGUGAACGGCAGGGUUGUUGGAGAUGUGGAUUACAAUGUGGUUGGGAUGCAGCAGUGUAAGAACACACCUGGGAACACCUGUUACAUCACGUGUGAUACCGGCUACAGGGCAUCGGGGGAACACAGUCUGUACUGCAACUCCUCCUUCGUGUGGGAGGGCACUCUUCCAACCUGCAAUGUUGUGACCUGUGGACCAUAUCCCAAUGUGAGUGAUAGCACACUGGUGUACAACCACAGUGCCAGUGGUCCCUACACCUACAACUCUACCCUGGAGAUCAUGUGUGAUGUUGGCAGGACUCCCAUCUUUGACACUUUCAGGACCUGUCUGAAAAAUGGCUUGUGGAGUGGAGCAAGGGCCACCACUUACUGCAAAUCCGUGGAAUGCCCCAACCUAGAGGUCCCUGCCUUUGCGAGUGUGUCUCCUCCAGAAUGUGGCUACAGGAAACAUCCUCAUGGCACUCAGUGCAACGUCAACUGCAGUGAAGGGUUUGAGCUGAGAGGGGGCGCUGCUGUGCAAACCUGUGGAACAGGAGACAGGUGGAGCCACUAUGGCAGCACACUCACCUGCACAGGUGAAUAUUUCAUUUCAGACUCAAAGUGA